ACUGAGCCGCGGACUGAGGCUGAAGCAGGACGUUAGCUGCUAGCUGCUAACGGCCCGGCCCGGUACAGCCGUUCACCUGCCGCUAGCUCACCGGCUAGCAGCCCGAACAUGGAGGUUAGAACCCUGAAUAAACAUGUCGGGGGCGUUUUCACUGUCCCUGUAGUUACAAGUUAACCGGUUAACCCGGUUAACUGCUGAUCUAAUUUAAACUUUGUUGGUGAUCGGCUGUGAUUGGAGGAUCUGUUGUAGAUACCCGGAAAGAGCAGCUCGUUAGCUCGGUGGCUAACUAGCCUCCUUCACCUGAGUUUACCUGGAACCAGUUAGCCUGGACGUUACCAGAAACCGCAGCUGAGGAGGGGUUUCCACAGGCAGGAUGGCGAAGCGGAUCGCUGAUAAAGAGCUGACGGACAGGAACUGGGAUCAGGAGGAGGAAGGAGAGGAGGCAGGAACCUUCUCAGUGGCAAGUGAAGACGUGCUGAAGAAUCGAGCCAUCAAGAAGGCGAAGCGCCGAAACACUGGAUCUGAGAACGAGGCCGGAGGAGCUUUCAAAGGGUUUAAAGGCUUCUCUUUGGCGGCGGCCUCGGCGGCGGCGGCGGCCAGCGGAGCCUCGACUCCGACAGUGUUUUCUGGAUUUGGUAACGGAGGAGGCUUCAAAGGCCUCGGAGGUCUGACCAAUGGAAGCACCGCGCCAUUUGGAGGCUUCUCAUCCUCUACUGGACCUGGUGUGACGUUUAACGGUCCGUCCUCCAUGACGCCCCCCGGUGACAUCAGCGCCAAGCAGACGAAUGGCUCCGCCCCCGGCCCGGCCCAUAAGGAGUACAGCCGGCAGCUGACGGCGCUGAACUGCUCGGUGAGGGACUGGAUCACCAAACACGUCAACGACAACCCUCUGUGCGACCUCAACCCCAUCUUCAGGGACUAUGAGCGCCACCUGUCCAGCAUUGAGCGUCAGUACGGCGCCGGAGGUUCUGACGGAGGUUCUGACGGUUCUGAGGAGAAGCAGCGUCCGGCUUCUCCUCCUCGUCCUGCUCCAUCCAGCGGCUCUGCGACUCCGACCGCGGCUCUGUUCUCCUUCAGUAAGACCCCAGCAGAAGACCCGGCCCGGGAGAAAAGCUCCAGUACCACCCCGGUUCCGGCCGGCAUCACCUUUAACUUCGGUCAGAAGGUGGACAGUUCGGUUCUGAGCUCGUUGGGGAACAAAGCGUCGACUCCCAGCUUCUCCUUCUCCUCCUCCGGAGCCUCCACUCAGAACUCCCUGUUCGGUUCUGCUGCUUCGUUCAGCGGGUCGAAGCCCGACGACGGCCAGCCGGCAGAAGAGAACGCAGACGAGGAGUCGGAGGAGCCGCCGAAGCCCGAGAUCAAGGAGGUGAAGGAGGACGACGCCUUCUACUCCAAGAAGUGUAAGAUGUUCUACAAGAAGGAGUCCGAGUUCAAGGAGAAGGGAGUCGGGACGCUGCACCUCAAACAGACGACGGACGGAAAAACUCAGAUGAUCAUUCGGGCCGACACCAACCUCGGUAACAUCCUGCUGAACAUCAUGGUCCACUCCUCCAUGCCCUGCUCUCGGGUCGGGAAGAACAACGUGAUGGUGGUCUGCGUUCCAAACCCGCCGGUCGAUGACCAGAACCCCAGCAGCCCGGUGCCACUGCUGAUCCGGGUCAAGACCUCCGAGGACGCCGACGAGCUGCACAAGACUCUGGAGGAGAAGAAGGGCUGAAGGAGAACCGCCUGGAGCUCCGGAGCUUUCAGCAGAACCAUGGUCCUCCUCCGAGCCUCAGAACCUCCACUCAUAGACUCAUCAGCACACACACACACACACACACACACACACACACACAGAAACACCCCCAUGGACCGGUCCAGCACCUGGUCCGUGUCCAGACCCAGACUGGUCUCCAGUCUGUACCACUCAGACUGAUGCCUCCACCUCCUGGUUAUACACAGUCAGAAACUCCUAGAGCGGCUCGUCAGCGCCCCCUGGUCACACACACAGUAACACACCCAGUACCCUGUCCUCUGUCGUCUGGUCGUCCCGGUCCCGUAGACCCGCUCCAGCUGUGAAUCUGUGUUUUAUGCAGCAGCCUGUUCUGCUCUUUUAAUCUGGCCGAGGCGUGAUCGGGUCAACCUGCCACGUCUCGACGCUCUUCUGUGGUUUUUGGGGACUCGAGCCUCGAACGAAGGGCCCGUCGUCGAUUUGGUUUUACAAAUGAAAGCCGGUUGGUUUGUGCUGAGUGAGGAAAUAUUUAUUGUGUUUGCAGGAUUUCUGCUCGAGCGAAUGUUUCCUGCUUCUGUUGUUUCAAGUGUCCUUUGUGUGGCCUUCGAGAUGCUGUCAUCGUCUGAGAACGUUUGUAAAGACAUUUGUUGGAGAAUAAAGGAAACAAACCACCUUA